AACACAGUCUUCACUGUUUGAAUUUUCUUGACCGUGUCCUAGGAGAUGUUUAUUUUCCUCUUUGUUGUUUAUAACUAGCCAACCACAUUGUCUGAUAGAAACCGUACCAAAAUCAAUGGAGAGCUUUGAAAUCCUUGGUGCAUGCCUUUUGUUCCUCUCUUUGUUAUCCAUUUCCUCCACUUUGGAGAUGAUUACUCCGACCAAACCCCUGAGAGAUAGUAUCAAUGAGAAUGUAACUCUUGUCUCAACCAAUGGAACUUUUGAAGCAGGAUUCUUCAGCCCUGGAAAUUCCCGUAGCCGUUACCUUGGAAUUUGGUACAAAACCAUAUCCCCCAGAACAGUGGUUUGGGUGGCCAACAAAGAAACACCACUUCAAGACCAUUCUGGAGUCUUAGAACUAGACAGUGAUCAAGGGUUUCUUAGUAUAAGAAAUGGCGGAGGAGCCAAAAUAUGGUCCUCAAAUGCAUCAAACACACCAAGCAAACCAGUUUUUGUGGAGUUGUUGGAAUCAGGAAACAUGGUUGUGAAAGAUGGCCAUGAUAACUUUUUAUGGGAAAGCUUUGAUUACCCUGGUGAUACUUUUCUUCCAGGAAUGAAGCUUGGAAUGAACUUGAAAACUGGUCAUCAGCGAGCUCUGAGAUCUUGGAAAUCCCUCAACGAUCCUAGUCCAGGUGAAUUUUCAUUUGGUGUUGAUACUCGUGGCCUUCCUCAACUAGUUAUCACGAAGAGUGAUGACAUAGUUUAUAGACCAGGCUCUUGGAAUGGUGUUAGAGUCACAGGAGUACCUGCACAAGAGGCUCACCCAUUAACGAAAUCCCUUUUUGUUAUGAAUGAAGAUGAAAUCUUCUAUGAGAUUCAAAUCUUGAAUAGUUCAACUAAACUGAGAAGCAGAUUGCUCCCAGAAGGGUAUCAAAUACGUUUACUAUGGUCAGAUGAGGGUGAAAAAUGGGAUACUGUAUACUCUGGUUCAUUUGAUGAGUGUGAGAGAUAUGGUAUGUGUGGUGCUAAUAGUAUUUGCAACGUGAGUGGAGCACCUCAACACUGCGAAUGUUUGAGUGGAUUCAAAUCCAAAGCUGCAGAUUCAACUUGUGAUCGAAUUAGAGCUCUAGAUUGCAACAAGGGAGAUAGUUUUAAGAAGUACGAGGGAAUGAAAUUGCCAGACACAUCUUCAUCUUGGUAUGAUACGAGAAUGAGUCUUGAAGAAUGCGAGAAAUUGUGCUUGAGCAACUGCUCUUGUACUGCGUAUGCUCAAUUGAAUGUCAGUGACAACGGAAGUGGCUGCUUGCAAUGGUUUAAUGACAUUGUUGACAUGAGGACACUGGCACAGGAUGGACAAGAUUUUUAUCUGCGAAUUGCAGUUUCAAAAUUUCAAGAUCACGCCUUCAACAGGAAGAUAGGAGGAAUUAUACUCGGCUGCACUAUAUUCAUCAUCGCCAUUGUAGUAUUUGUGUUCAUAUUUUGCCUUAGGAGGAAUAAACUCGAGCAGUCAGAAACAAAAUACUGGAAGGAGAAGAAUAAGAAGGAUGAGAUUGAUUUACCAAUAUUCGAUUUUUUAUACAUCUGCAAUGCCACAAAUAACUUUUCUGAGAGUAAUAAAUUGGGACAAGGGGGAUUUGGACCAGUGUACAAGGGCAUAUUAUCAGAUGGGCAAGAAAUUGCAGUUAAGAGGCUUUCCAAAACUUCGGGACAAGGUUUGGACGAGUUUAAGAAUGAAGUAAUGUUGAUUGCAAAACUUCAACACCGCAAUCUGGUAAAGCUUCUUGGUUGUUCUUUUCAGCAAGAGGAAAAGCUGCUAAUUUAUGAAUUCAUGCCAAAUAGAAGCUUGGAUUACUUUAUUUUUGAUUCAACAAGAAGUACAUCAAUAGGUUGGGCUAAGAGAUUUGAAAUUAUUGAUGGAAUUGCUAGAGGACUCCUCUAUCUUCAUCAAGAUUCUAGACUGAAAAUCAUUCAUAGGGAUCUCAAGACUAGUAAUGUUCUUCUUGACAGCAAUAUGAAACCAAAAAUAUCAGAUUUUGGUAUGGCUAGGACAUUUAACCUAGAUCAAGAUGAAGCAAACACAAAUAAAGUGAUGGGAACAUACGGUUAUAUGCCUCCCGAAUAUGCUGUGCAUGGAUCAUUUUCAGUCAAAUCAGAUGUAUUUAGUUUUGGGGUAAUCGUAUUGGAGAUAAUCAGUGGGAGGAAGAAUAGAGGAUUUCGUGACCCACACAAUGAGCUAAAUCUUCUUGGACAUGCAUGGAGAUUAUGGAUUGAAAAAAGGCCAAUGGAACUAAUGGAUGAGUCAAUGGAGAAUGCAGUUGGUCCAUCUGAAAUAUUAAGAUAUAUUCAUAUUGGUUUGUUGUGCGUACAACAUAGACCAGAGGAUAGACCGAACAUGUCUUCGGUAGUUUUAAUGUUGAACGGUGAAAAGUUAUUGCCUGAGCCAAGUCAACCUGGAUUUUACACGGGAAGAAAUAACUUGACCAUGACAGAUUCUUCUUUAAGAAAUUUGGAUGCGUAUUCUCUCAACGAAAUGUCUGAGACAUUGCUUCUGGCAAGAUAGAUGAUUUAAAAAAAAUAAAUAAAUGGUAUGGAAAAUCGAAAAGUUUCCCACCACCAAUCUCUACAAGUACUACUUAUAUGUCUGAAAGAAUAUUAUUCACUUUGAAUGUGAGAUAACAAUUGCUGUUAUUCGUUGAUAAAUAUGAUAUUUGGACAGAUACUUA